GACCGGAAAGGAUUCGGCUGCCAGCCGCUGGCUGAUCAGUUUUCUCCCCGUGCGCCAUGUUUGUUUGGAAGCGAGAGAGAUAGGGGGAAACAAAAUGAUAGGGCGAGCGGCUGGAUAGGGAUUUGUCCUACAGAAAGGAAAGCAGAAUGAACGUUUGAGCAAGCCCGUCCUUCUGGAAUAUGAAAGGGACAAGGCAAGGUUUAUUUUCCUGUCAUCGACGUCGUUGACCGCGGGCCCGUCCAGCCGUCGGUCUUCAAGGAGAGCUUCAACCUCCAUCCCCUCCAGUCACGGCGGCAGCGCCGCAGCCUUUGAACUUGACUCUCUGGUUUUUUCUUCACUGCGGAGACCACCGGUAAAACAAAAAAAAUAGACAAUUCUACCCGUCUUUCUCUGAAACGGCUCGGUUUCAAGAAGAACUUGAGUGUUUUGGGUCUGAAUUUUCUCUCUCUCAUUUUUGCCCCCCAUCGUGGUGGGCAGAUCGGACAGGGAGUUCUGCGGAUAAACACUGGGAGUGAUUCAUAGGCGGAUACAAAUUAAACAAUGUCAAGUUGUACACCGGCGGACAUGAUUAAUUUACGACUCAUCUUGGUCAGCGGAAAAACAAAAGAAUUUCUAUUUUCACCCAAUGACUCAGCAGCAGACAUCGCCAAACAUGUGUAUGAAAAUUGGCCGAUGGAUUGGGAAGAUGAAUUGGUCAGCAGCCCAAGUAUUCUUAGGCUCAUCUACCAAGGGAGAUUUCUCCAUGGAAAUGUCACUCUAGGAGCAUUAAAGCUUCCACUUGGCAAAACUACUGUGAUGCAUUUGGUUGCAAGAGAAACUUUGCCAGAGCCAAAUUCCCAGGGUCAAAGGAACCGUGAAAAGACUGGAGAGAGCAAUUGUUGUGUCAUUCUGUAAAUACUUCCACUUAUUUCUGCUAACCGUGGUAUAAUAUAGUCCUUGUCUUUCAUGCUGCUGGUACAAAAAAAAAUAACAUUGCUUCAAGAACUCUUUUUAAAAACAAAUCUGUCCAUGAAAACGAUAUUUAAAAACUGGAGCAUUUCUGUUUUUAAAGCAGUUCUGUUACCAUGAUCAUUUUUGUUAAUGUUCCAUUACUUCCUCUAAAGCCUUCUAGUUUCUAUUUAUUUCUAUAUAUAAGGACAGGCAGAAUUAAACUGAAGAUUUUUUACACCACUGAACCCAUGCUAUAACCAUGCUCUGCAGAAUUAACGAUACAUUUGUAUCAGUGCUUUUAAAAAAAAAUUACUUUUUAACCCAAGCAUUUCUUGGAGGAAAUAUGCACUGCGGAUUGCAGUGUUAAUGUUGCCUUGUUGACCAGAUGAUGAAGCCAGACUUAAAUAUUAAAUUUCAGUAAGGACAUGGCAGUUAGUUGUGAAUUAAUACAAAUUCCACAAACUCUGAACAACCUGCAAAUUUCAUAAUUAUUAAAAUAUCGGUAAAUUUAAGAAUUAGGUUAUGGAAGUGGAUGUGCCUGUAUUUUGAUGAGAGUUUAUAGAUUUGAUUUCAAAGAUUCUCUCUCUAUGCACUGCAAUAUGUUAACAUUGCCUACAAAGGCAUAUUUUGUUGCACAAAGCAUUUUGUAGCCUUGAUGAGAGAGGAUGAAGCUUUGUUCAAGCUUUUCUCUUUCUUACUGCUGAAUAUCAUUUACUGUAUUUGUGGUAGAAAGUUCUAUUAAUCAUCUUGUCUCUAUCAAUAAUGUUUUUGUCUUAUGUCUUACUGUUGACUGGAUAUUUCUAACCUGUCUCAAACUUCAAACUUCUUAACCAUAAACUAUUUUAGUAGAUGUAUUAAUUUGCAUUUCUGUAUUUAGUGCUUGCAAUUGUGCAAAAGAUGGGGAAACUGAAGUAUCAAUUGGCCCAUAUUUGUUCUGGAAGUAGGCCUUCCCCUUCCUUUUGUAGAAAAUUACAAAUGAUAUGCUAAUUAAAAUCUAGAGAAUUUGCACAGCACUGAAGCAUGAGCUACUUUCAUCUGAAUCUGUAAAAAAAAAAAAAAAGUUUUUAUAUUUUUCGGUGGGGGAGGUUAUUUCUUCCCAGCUGAAUUACAAAUGUGUAGAAUAUAUUUAAUAAGAAUCUUAUACAGUACUGAGAAUAGAACUUAUUAACAAGCAUAGAUUUCCUUGUAGUAUAACAGAAUAUACCAAUGUAAGUAACAUUAGCAGCUUUAAAAUGUUGCAGGUUGACUGUGUUCUAUAUCUAAUAGAUGCAUCUUCCCAGGUUGAACUCAAUGGUAUAUAAUAGUUUUACAGAUUGUAGGCAUGGUAUCUUAAUUGAUUUUAUUUUUUUCCCUUUAUCUGUUUAUUGCUUUUAAUAUGCUUUACAUGCUAUGGUUCUUACAAAAUAUUGUUCAUAUUGAUCAGGAUAAAAUUUGUAUAGAGCUAAGUUUUGCAAUGAUUGUAAAUAUCACUGAACAUUUUCUUUCUGCAACCUGUACUGAUAGAUUACUCCUGUAAACUAAAUAAAAUAUUGCAAUUCAUGA